GUCAUUGCGUCACUGUGUCGUCACACGUACGCACAGGGAACACUAGCGGAACAAAAUGGAGGAAUAUGCUAGAGAGCCGUGUCCGUGGAGGAUUGUGGAUGACUGUGGUGGGGCCUUUACCAUGGGCGCCAUUGGUGGUGGAAUAUUCCAAGCGGUAAAAGGCUUCAGGAAUGCACCGUCGGGAAUGAGUCACAGAAUGAGAGGCAGCAUGACUGCCAUCAAGACCAGAGCGCCACAACUUGGAGGUAGCUUCGCAGUGUGGGGGGGCCUUUUCUCCAUGAUCGACUGCGGCCUGGUAAAAGUUCGUGGGAAGGAAGACCCCUGGAAUUCUAUCACCAGCGGCGCCAUGACGGGAGCCAUCCUCGCUGCCAGAAAUGGUCCGGUGGCCAUGGUGGGAUCCGCGGCCAUGGGUGGGAUCCUGCUGGCCUUGAUAGAGGGCGCCGGGAUCAUGCUGUCAAGGUUUGCUUCAUCACAAUUUCCCACAGGCCCUCAGUUUGCAGAGGAGCCCGCCCCUAUGCCCGCCGCCCCCUUUGGAGACUACCGACAAUAUCAAUAAAAGGACAGAUGACCUGACGUACAUCCUCGCCCUCUCACCCCCCCCUGCUGGAGUUACAAAAGUGAAAAUGUAGAGGACAUGAACAUACGUAACUAUAGAGACAAGGUUGCCUUCACCGCAUGGUGAACUGAGAACUGCACAAUGACCUCAUCGAGUCAUCGUCAUACAAAAUACACGUUUUCGUUUUCAUGGUGCAGCGGGGCCUCCAACAAGAAACACAUAUGAAAUGCAAAGAACAAAAAAUAUGCACGCAGAUGUCUUGCAACAGGCAAAUUAUAAUCGGCGUGAAAACAAUGUCUUAAAAUGGACAUAAUCUGUCACGGUAAGUUCGAUGAUGAGGAGUGGUUUUGAAUUUUGAAAGCAAUUUUACCUGCAUAUUAUGCUAUUUGGAGGUUCUGCUGAAUUGUGUUUUUAUUUUUAGCUGUUAUUUUCAAAAGUACCUGAAGACCAGGGGAUCGGGUUGCUUGGCGAAUGUGGCAAAAAUACAAAGUGUGACUAAUUUAUGAUAAUACUUUAGUGUACUGUGUAUACAUUGAAAGGCUUCCCCUUGUAAUUGCUGAUUUGCCUUAAAUAGAAAUUGCGCUGGAGCCGUUUGUCUCAUGAGUCUUGGAGUUGGUUUCAAGAUGAUGUAUUUAUUUUUACACUGUAAAGAGUCAAGCAAGUCAUGGAAGCUUCUUUUUGCAUUUAAAAGAAAACCUUGGGAGAAGGCAUAAUCACAAAAGAACUCAAUUGAGGCCGUCACAUCCUGUAUUCCAUCUAUAUAAAAGAUUGUACUAUAAUAAAUUGAAAUGUGUUUUAA